AUGACAUCAGAAGUAUCACUUCCUCAAAAGCAGUCAUCUCAUACAAUCGAACAAAUAUCAAUUUACGAUGUCAGAACCAACUGUCAAUGUCGUCUCAUACUUCUCGCCCUUUCAAUCGCCGUAUUUCUGUUACCUUUUUCUGACUUUGUUUAUUUACCUGCUCUUACCGAGAUCGAACGUGACAUGAACACAUCGGAUGCAGUCGUUGAAGACAGUGUGUCAGUCUAUUUAUUCAUGGGAGGUAUUUCGAGUCUUUUCUGGGGAUCAAUCUCUGAUCGAUACGGUCGCAAACUUACAUUAAUCGCAUCUCUCAGUCUAUUCGCGACUACAUCUAUAGUAUGCAUUCGUGCCGCCAAUGUUAUUCUUCUUGUUUUCUCUCGAGCCAUACAAGGUGCUACUAUAUCUGCAACAUUAGUCAUUGGCCAAGCUAUCAUCGCUGACAUUUACCCGGAGGAGAAACGAGGAUCUGCAGCAGGGUGGUUUUUCCUUCCGUUCAAUAUAGGUCCAAUAGGUGGUCCAUUGUUGGGUGGUCCACUUUCCAGCGCAUUUACUUGGCACAGUACCUUUGUUCUCUUGGCAAUAUUUUCCAUUUGUGCAAUCAUUAUGAUACUUAUUCUCGUACCUGAAACUCAUCAAUAUUAUAUCAAAGAACAAUUUCAUAAAACAAAUCCUGACAAAAGAAUCAUCGAUGUUGAGUUUAGCAAUCAGACACAGUUCAAAAAUCCACUCAAGGCGGUCACUUAUUUAUACGACUUAACAAUUCUUCCGUAUAUCGCUGUGGCAGCAGCAACUUAUGCUACUCUAACAUCUACAGAAACUCUUUUCCCUACUUAUCUAGGAAAGAGCCCUUAUAACUUUUCACAGACUACUAUGGGUUUACUGUACGUCCCAAGCGGCAUUGUCCUUUUCAUAAGUAGUCUGUUGGGUGGAUGGCUUUCUGACCUUGCAAGUGACUACUAUGGCCAUAAAAGAUGUCUGGAAGGACGUGUUGUGCCUAAUUUAAUUUUGAGCAUUUUGACACCGAUUGGACUGUUGAUUUUUGGAUGGAGUGUCCAAUACAACGCUCACAUAUCUGUCGUCAUUGGUGGCUUAUGUAUCGCUAGCUGUGGUCAAGCAUUAUUUGAGCCAUGUGCAUCGGCUUAUCUAACAGCAAAGAAGCAGAGCGAUGCAGGGGUUGUGUCUGCUGCAAAUGUAUGCUUAAAUUUGUGUGCAUCUGGUGCUUUGGUAUCUAUCGGUGUUCCUCUUAUCGGAGUAAUCGGUAGUGGAGCUUAUUUUUCUCUUCUGGCCGCAUUGACAUUGAUGAGUAUUGUACCGGCUGGUGUAAUAGUUUACAACUCCAUCAAACGGGCCAGUCAUUCUAUCGGAGAAUACGAUGCGAUUGUCUUAGAGCUUGAUCCUGCGAACGAAAAUACAAAAUUAAGAAAGUAA